AUGGCUGUGGCAAGUCUCUGGGCGUCACCCCAAGGUGACCCACGCUGGGGACCCCGAGGGGCACGUUCCCAGCAUCGACCGGAGCCCGCCCAGGCUCUGCUCUGGCUGGGGGGCCGUGCGUGGACGCCGCCAUCGACUCUGCGCAGGGGACAGUUCGACGGCCGCAACGUGGCCGUGAAGCGCCUCUUGCCCGAGUGUUUCCAUCUCGUGGACCGCGAGGUCCAGCUGCUCCGCGAGUCGGACGAGCACCCCCACGUCGUCCGCUACUUCUGCACCGAGAAGGACAAACAGUUCCACUACAUCGCCAUCGAGCUCUGCUCCGCCACGCUGCAGGAGUACGUGGAAAACCCCGACUUUGAUCGCAGCAGCCUGUGCCCGGUGUCUGUGCUGCGCCAGACCAUGUCCGGGCUGGCCCACCUCCACUCCCUCAGCAUCGCCCACCGGGACCUGAAGCCCUGCAACAUCCUCAUCUCCGUCCCGAAUCGCCACGGGAAGAUCCGAGCCGUCAUCUCUGACUUCGGCCUCUGCAAGAAGCUUCAGGGGGGACGACAGAGCUUCAGCCUCCGCUCCGGCAUCCCCGGCACCGAGGGCUGGAUCGCGCCCGAGGUGCUGCAGGAGGCUCCGAGGGAGAACCCCACCUGCGCUGUGGACAUCUUCUCCGCCGGCUGCAUCUUCUACUACGUGGUGUCGGGGGGGCAGCACCCGUUCGGGGACAGCUUGCGGCGACAGGCCAACAUCUUGUCGGGCUCUUUCCAGCUGAGCUGCCUGCAGGAAGAAGCCCACGACAAUCUUGUUGCACGAGAGCUGAUCGUGGCCAUGAUCAGCCCUGAGCCCCAGCGCCGACCCUCGGCCCCCGUGGUCCUGGCACACCCCUUUUUCUGGAGCCCGGAGAAGCAGCUGCAGUUCUUCCAGGACGUCAGUGACCGCAUCGAGAAGGAGCCGGCCGAGGGGCCCAUCGUCGCAGCCCUGGAGGCGGGGGGACGGUGGGUGGUGAGGACCAACUGGAGGAUGCACAUCUCCCUCCCGCUGCAGACAGACCUGAGGAAGUUCCGGACCUACAAGGGGGGCUCGGUGCGUGACCUCCUGCGGGCCAUGAGGAACAAGAAGCAUCACUACCACGAGCUGCCGGCCGAUGUCCGGGCGGCCCUGGGCUCCGUCCCCGAGGGCUUUGUGCAGUAUUUCACCUCCCGCUUCCCCCGGCUGCUGCUGCACACGCACGGGGCCAUGAGGGUCUGCGCCCGCGAGCGGCUCUUCCACUCCUACUACUGCCACAGCCCGGGAGGUGCCGGCGAGUGAGCAGGGACACGCGCCGGGACGGCACCUGCGGCCACUCCUCCUGCCCUGCCCGUACCCGCAGCCCCAUCCCGGGGUCCUUCCCCCCCUCGCCGGGGCGAGCUGGGGCACCAGGACGAGCCGGUCGCCUGGCGUGCCGGGGGGUUACAAGCAGGUCCAGAAGAGACAAGUGCAGGGGGGCACUGGGCUGUUGCCUGGGGGCUCCUGAGCCCAAGCAGGACCCUCUGGCACCCACCUUUUCAAUCUCUGCGGUGGAGAGAGAAGAAAGAAGAAAAUGCACGUUGCAUUUUGCCGAGGGGAGCUGGCACAGCCACGCAGCCAGGCUGGAGCCGGGGCCCUGUGGGGUGUUCGCUGGGGAUCAGGGAGCUUCAUCCCCUGCGUCCUCCCACGCCGUGUCCCUGGAACUCCGUGUGUCCCGCACGGCUGUGACACACCAGUCCUGACACUGGAGAGGCUCCUCCAGCCCCGCGAGGGCUGCGGCACCCCGGGUCAGCUUUCAGCAGCCACCCCUGGGCUUGGACCCGGUUGCAUCAGGGCUGCGGUGCCCCCAGCCCCACAGGGAGGCCUGGGGCCUCCUGCACUAUCUGAUAAUGAAGCUUUUAAUCUCAGCUGGGCUGAGAAAAAGGUUUUCUCCCUUUUGGUCACCAUCAGCUUGUAGUUACAGCAGGGAAACCCUUUCUCACCAGAUCCCUUUCCUCCAAACCCACCUUGCCCGCAGCUCCUGCCGCCUCUCCCGCUGCCCCACGGCAAACGCCCCCCUGUGUGCUGGGUUAGGGGGUGCCCACAGGCACGUUCCAUAGGCACCAGCCUCCACGUGCAGCCCCCGCUGGCUCUGGGGGCAGCUGAGGCAGCAGCUGGAGCCCCUAGGGCAGGCUUCCCCUCGGGAGCAGCAAUGAUUUUGUACACUCUGAUUCCUCCAUGGGCUGGGGUGUGGGAUUCUGUUACCUGGUUUGUUUUCAGAAG